AUGCCUGUCUCAGCCCUCCGAGCUGUCUCGAAAUCCCAGAAUGGUGUAGGGGCUUUUAUUCUCCAGUGCAAACGCAUGGAAUUCAAUUUCUGUGAUUGGGCCGGGAGCUCAAAGGGGAUGAGGCACGUUCGGAUCCACCCAACACCUUUUACCACCCCCAAUCUCCCAAAUAUCAUGCGAACUGACUCGGUAUUUCUUUCCUGACCGAAGGACAGGUCGUUCCUAAAGCAUUCACUAUCACAAUUCGCCAGACAAAACCCGCAGAUAGAAAUCAUUGUUGCCCCACGACCCAACAAGAUACCGAUAAUCCGUGGAACCUACAGUAAUCACCUCCAUAUCUAUCACCACCCGCUAUCUUUCAUACAGAUAACUAACCACUACUAGUCAACGGCCGUGAGAAGGUCAUUCCGGUCGAUGGGUUGGAGAUUCAACAGAUUCUUCAGAAAGCACAGCUUCUCCGAAAUUCCUCCGGUACAAAAUUAAAGAGGAUUACCAGGCCAGUUAUCUCGCUGAACGAGAGUGUAAGAGGCAUAUUCUCGCCAUUCCACGGGAAGAAGCAUGUGAUA